AUGGUCGCCCUCAAGAACGUCGUCCUCGCAACUUUCGCCGGCUCUGCACUAGCUUGCGUCGAUUUCGUCGCAAGCAUCAACAACUUCCAAUAUGCCACUAUCACGCUCACAGACAAUGGUCAAAAGGUUUGCAGCGUGAACGGAUACGGCGACGUUAAUGGCUGGCGUCUGAACUGCCGCUCUGGAUACUCAGCAUACAUGCGCUUCCGUGAUGAUGUUGUGGAGUACUCUGCGCCGCAUGGCUCGUGGACAUUUGCGACAAAGUGCGAGUACAUGGCUGCACCUGGCGCUGGAGCUGCUGACUUUAGCAUUUUGACCCCGCCAUUUGAAGUCUUCAACCGCGAUUAUUACCCCGCAGAAACCAUGGCAAGCACCACCGUCGCGGGGCAGAACUAUGAUGUCCGCAUCGAAGUCAUCUCCCAGCCCGAGGACUUUACUCAAGUCACCGAGGUCGUCCGAGACGCAUUCGGUCACCAAGCUCGUGAUGGUGUCUACCUGUCCAUGAACCCCGGCUGGGAUACGCCGGAAGGCGUGGUUCGCGGCGCCGGUCGCAUGGCUAACCGCUUCAAAACCGUCAACCAGAACAACAAGGGCGACCCCAAUGUCGUCUUCCUCAAGGCCACCCUUCCGGAUCCCGAAAAUGCCGGACAGCGCAGAAUCGUAGGCAUGGCAAUCUGGGCACAGCAGUCCGCCAUUGAAGGUCACGGCGAUCAGCCACCGAAAGACUUGAUCAAGGAGCUCGGGCUGGAGUCCAUCUUCCCCGGCAACGAAGCCGAGCAGCGAUACGCCGCAGCCUGUAUGGGAUCGCUGCACAAGCGACGUGAGGAGGUCAUCGCAGAGAAGGCGACGGCGGCUGAGCCGGCAGUUUUCGUGCUGGACAUGUGCGCCGUGGAUCCCAAGUUCCAGGGUAAGGGCAUCGCCAAGAAGCUGGUUCAGUGGGGUCUCGAUGAGGCGAAGCGACGUGGCGGGCUUGAGCUACUCUUGGAGGCGUCAAGUAUGGGUAGACACGUGUAUUCCAAGCUGGGUUUCAAGCAAGAAGGUCCAGAGAUCGAAUAUGACGUUGAAGAGCGAUUCGCGCACCGAGACAGACCUUCGAAUAUUUUCAUGAGGACUGGAGACGGCCAGUGA